AUGGCAAAGGAGAUGUGGGAUGCGAUCAAAUCCCCGAACUUAGGUGCAGAUCAGAUGAAGGAAGCACGAUUGCAAACAUUGACUUUGGAAUUCGAAAGUUUGAAGAUGAAAGAAACGGGCACAAUUGAUGAGUUCUCUUCAAAACUAUCGGGCAUUGCGACUGUUUCAGCGUCACUCGGAGGAACAAUCUCGCAAGAAAAGUUGGUGAAGAAAUUUCUUACGAGCCUUCCUAAACGAUUCGUGCACAUCGUGGUGGCACUCGAGCAAGUUUGGGACUUAAAAGCCGUUAUAUAUGAAGAUGUUGUUGGAAGGCUAAAAGCUUACGAGAAACGGACUAAAGAUACCGACAAAGCAUUCGAUUCCGGUGAAAAGCUACUGUAUGCCAAAACCGAAAACUCAAAUCGAAACCAAGACUCAAGCCGUGGCAAAAGACACGGUGCAAACCGAGGGGGACGAGGCUGUGGACGUGGCCGUGGUAGGGGUAACACCCAAUACCAUGAUAACCAGGGUGUUGAACAGAAAAAAGGUAAUAAUAAAAAGAAGCGAGAUAUGUCAACAAUUAAAUGUUACCGUUGCGACAAAUAUGGACACUUUGUGUCAAGAUGCCCGGACCGAUGGCGUAACCAUGAAGCAAACCUUAAUGAUGUUCAAGAAGGAGUGAAUCACGAGGAAGGAACAUUCUUUAUGAUGAAAGAAGAAACAGUGUUUCUAAAUGAAGACAAAUAUGUUCCUCCCAAAGUCGAACCAAACCAAGGUGACGACAAUGUUUGGUAUCUCGACAAUGGCGCAAGCAAUCACAUGACCGGAAAGUAUUCUUACUUUUCGGAAUUGAAUGAACGAAUAAUCGGAAGAGUGAGAUUUGGAGAUGGCUCGUGCGUACGGAUAGCAGGGAAGGGAUCGAUUUUGUUCGAAGGUAAAAACGGAGAACAAAAAAUAAUGAAAGAUGUUUACAAUAUUCCAUCACUUCAAAGCAAUGCGAUAAGUCUAGGUCAAAGUACAUUAUCCGGAUGUGAUAUCCGACUUUAUGGUAAUUUCUUGACAAUGAAAGAUCGGAAUGGAAGGUUGCUCAUGAAGGUCCCGGAAAGUGAAAUCCGUAAUAAGAUAUUGGCUGUAAUUGAAAAGGUUUUUGAUGCAUACAAGUAUUUUUGUAUCGUCUUUAUAAAAUCCGACGAGAAGUUGGAAAGCCUCAUUGUUUACAAACAAAAAUUGAUGAUGAGUCUUGGUUGUGGCAUGCACGUCUCGGCCAUAUCAACUUUGGUGCGGUGA